GAUAGAGAACUUGAUUAAAAGGGAGAUGGGAGCAUGAAGAAUUGCAUACAGUGCAUGGAUGUGCACCCUGUGAUGGUAUCUCCCACAGAUCUUACCUGGCAAUCUGGAAAGAUUUAACAGGAACUGCUGUGGGGAGUGAAGGAACCUGGAGAUGAAGGGCAUCCUCUGAGUCACCCCCAGCAGCUGGCAGCCACCGUGGAAAACCUCGGCUGGAUUUCUCAAGGCCUGUGUGCACAGAAAUAUGUCUCCUGCUGAGAUGUGGAUGGUUUUGGCACUUGUCUGUGUGGCCCACUGAGGUGUUUCUUAAACUCUUCAGUGCAUCACAAAACUGUUGUGUUUUGGGAUAUCCUGCUUAAACCCUUGGAAGAAAAUCUACCAACAGCCAAAAAUGACCUGAGCUGGAUAGCUGCUGCAUUAUCCCCAGGACCAGCUUGCUGCUCUGUGUUCCAUAUCCCAUUUGGAUGCACCGUACACUAUGGUUCACAUCAAUGUGUUGAAAAAACUCACGUUUGUUCUUGUGGUGAUCCUGUUAGCACUGACUGUUUGCCUGUGGAGAGAGACGAGAAGAAGCUACUACAUUCCUUUUAAGACUGAGAAUGAUGAUUUGCAAGUUCACAGGACUUCAGAAAAAUGGAACCCACUUAAAUCACAGGGCCUUUUCCAUGGAGCAACCAGUGAACUGGGUCAGAUGCCCAGAACGUGGUUUGGUAACCAUAAUGAAGUAAAAGGCAGCACCUCUGGAACAGCUGAGAAGUUCAAGAAAGCAGCAGACUCUAUGAAAGUAUGGGAUAAGGACAGUUCAUCCAGAAAUCUCAUACCUAGGCUGCAGAAGGUCAGAAAAAAUUACCUGUCCAUGAACAAGUACAAUGUGACUUACACUGGGAAGAGGAACGCUGCUAAACUCAGCCCAGAGAAGCUGCUCUGCCAGCUACGGGAUAGGGUAAAUGUGACCAUGAUACAGGGAUCAGAUAGUCCCUUUGAUACCUCUGAAUGGCAGCAAUACUUACCAGGGAAAAGCCUCGAUGAAACUGUGGGCCACCUGGGUCACUGUGCUGUCGUGUCCUCAGCAGGGUCUCUGAAAUCAUCUCAUUUGGGACAAGAGAUAGAUAGUCACGAUGCUGUUUUGCGAUUCAAUGGGGCUCCCACCAAGGGGUUUCAAGAAGAUGUGGGGCAAAAGACAACAAUUCGCCUCGUGAACUCCCAGCUUGUAACUGUUGAAGAGCAGCAGUUCCUGGGGGAAGCACUAUACAACACUGGAAUCUUAAUUGUCUGGGAUCCAGCACCCUAUCAUGCAGAGAUUCAUGAGUGGUACAGAAAACCAGACUACAACUUUUUUGAAAGCUACAAGUUGUAUCGUGGUAAACAUCCAGAGCAGCCUUUCUAUAUCCUGAACCCAAAAAUGCAGUGGCAACUCUGGGACAUUCUGCAGGAGAAUUCCCUGGAGCACAUUCAGCCUAAUCCACCGUCAUCAGGAAUGCUCGGCAUUGUGAUCAUGAUGACGCUCUGCGAUCAAGUGGACGUGUAUGAAUUUCUCCCUUCCAAACGGCAGACAGACAUCUGCCACUAUUACCAGAAGUUUCAUGACCGUGCCUGCACCAUGGGAGCUUACCACCCUCUCCUGUUUGAGAAGAACUUGGUGAAGCACAUAAACCAGGGCACAGAUGAGGACAUCUAUACUCACGGGAAAGUUACUCUGCCUGGCUUCCGAAACGUGCAUUGCUAGUGGAUUGAUUUUUAGUCUGUUUAGGAUUUUUUCUUGACUGUCAAAGCACUUUUUAAAUCAGGGUUGUCAGAUUUUUGUUAGGUCUAAGCACUGGUGUGUUUUGACAGCUCUUCCAUGUUGCAAAACUGGCUUUUAGGACUUGGCUGCCCAACUUCUCCCAGCUGUAAGGCUGUGUUCCUACGUUGCGGUACAUCCAUGCUCUAGCUGCUUGAGCCACUGCAAUAAAUUUACUCCUGGUGGAGCCAGGCUCAUGCAGCAGGUGGAUAUUUCUGUCUUCAUCUCAACUAAUGGUAGUGUAUGGGAGGCGCAGGAGAUGCUUUCUAAGCAGAGAUUGCACAAGUCAGGUCAAGUGCCAAAUAUGGUUUGGUUUAGCUUCAA